GGCGGGGGCGGCGGCGGCGGCUGCGGAGCGAGGGGCUGCGACAGCGGCCGCGAUGGCGCGCGGUGGGGGGACCGGGCCGGGGGCCGAGGCCGCGGCCUGGGCGAGGGCCAGCUGCCGGGACCCCUAAGGUGCCGCCGGCCCCUACUCCACCAUGAAUGUCGCGCUGCGCGAGCUAGGCGGCGGCGGCAACAUGAUGGAGUACAAACGGACCACGCUGCGGGAGGAAGACGCUCCUGAGACCCCCGUAGAGGGCGGGGCCUCCCCGGACGCUGUGGAGGUGGGAUUCCGGAAGAGGACAAGAGACUUCUUGGGUUCCCACACCCAGUUGGAGUUGGUCUUAGCAUCUGUCUCCCUACUGCUUGCUGCACUGCUGCUGGGCUGCUUAGUGGCCCUGGGGGUCCAGUACCACAGAGACCCAUCCCACAGCACUUGCCUCACAGAGGCCUGCAUUCGAGUGGCUGGAAAAAUCCUGGAGUCCCUGGACCGUGGGGUAAGUCCGUGUGAGGACUUUUACCAGUUUUCCUGUGGAGGCUGGAUUCAGAGAAAUCCUCUGCCUGAUGGGCGUUCUCGCUGGAACACCUUCAACAGCCUCUGGGACCAGAACCAGGCCAUCCUGAAGCACCUGCUGGAAAACACCACGUUCAACUCCAGCAGCGAAGCUGAGCGGAAGACACAGCGUUUCUACCUCUCCUGCCUGCAGGUGGAGCGCAUUGAAGACCUGGGAGCCCAGCCACUUCGAGACCUCAUUGACAAGAUUGGUGGUUGGAACAUUACCGGGCCCUGGGACCAGGACAACUUCAUGGAAGUGCUGAAGGCAGUAGCAGGGACCUACAGGGCCACCCCUUUCUUCACGGUGUAUGUCAGUGCUGACUCCAAGAGUUCCAACAGCAAUGUUAUCCAGGUGGACCAAUCUGGGCUCUUUCUCCCCUCUCGAGAUUACUACCUAAACAGGACCGCCAAUGAGAAAGUCCUCACUGCCUACCUGGACUACAUGGAGGAACUGGGGAUGCUGCUGGGUGGGCGCCCAGGCUCCACGCGGGAGCAGAUGCGGCAGGUGCUGGAGCUGGAGGUCCAGCUGGCCAACAUCACCGUGCCCCAGGACCAGAGGCGGGAUGAGGAAAAGAUCUACCACAAGAUGAGCAUCGCGGAACUGCAGGGCCUGGCACCCUCCGUGAACUGGCUGGAGUUUCUGUCCUUCCUGCUGUCACCACUGGAGCUGGGUGACUAUGAGCCCGUGGUGGUGUAUGGAACGGAUUAUUUGCAGCAGGUGUCAGAGCUCAUCAACCACACAGAACCAAGCAUCCUGAACAAUUACCUGAUUUGGAACCUGGUACAGAAGACAACCUCAAGCCUGGACCAUCGCUUUGAGUCUGCACAGGAGAAACUGCUGGAGAUCCUCUAUGGCACCAAGAAGUCCUGCACGCCAAGGUGGCAGACCUGCAUCUCCAACACGGACGACGCACUUGGCUUCGCUUUGGGCUCCCUCUUUGUGAAGGCCACGUUUGACCGGCAAAGCAAGGAAAUCGCUGAAGGGAUGAUCAGCGAGAUCAGGACAGCCUUCGAGGAGGCCCUGGGGCAGCUGGUUUGGAUGGACGAGAAGACCCGCCAGGCAGCCAAGGAGAAAGCCGACGCUAUAUAUGAUAUGAUUGGUUUCCCGGACUUCAUCCUGGAGCCCAAAGAGCUGGAUGAUAUUUAUGAUGGGUAUGAAGUCUCUGAAGAUUCCUUCUUCCAGAACAUGUUGAAUUUGUACAAUUUCUCUGCUAAGGUGAUGGCUGACCAGCUCCGCAAGCCUCCCAGCCGGGACCAGUGGAGCAUGACCCCCCAGACAGUGAAUGCCUACUACCUUCCAACCAAGAACGAAAUCGUCUUCCCUGCUGGCAUCCUGCAGGCCCCCUUCUAUACCCGUAACCACCCCAAGGCCCUGAACUUUGGUGGCAUCGGUGUGGUGAUGGGCCAUGAGCUGACACAUGCCUUUGAUGACCAAGGGCGCGAAUAUGACAAGGAAGGGAACCUGCGGCCCUGGUGGCAGAAUGAGUCCCUGGCGGCCUUCCGGAACCACACAGCCUGCAUGGAGGAGCAGUACAGCCAGUACCAAGUCCACGGGGAGAGGCUCAACGGCCGCCAGACGCUAGGGGAGAACAUUGCUGACAAUGGGGGACUUAAGGCUGCCUAUAAUGCUUACAAAGCGUGGCUGAGGAAGCACGGGGAGGAGCAGCGCUUGCCAGCUGUGGGGCUCACCAAUCACCAGCUCUUCUUUGUGGGAUUUGCCCAGGUGUGGUGCUCAGUCCGCACACCCGAGAGCUCUCACGAGGGGCUGGUGACCGACCCCCACAGCCCUGCCCGCUUCCGUGUGCUGGGCACUCUCUCCAACUCCCGUGACUUCCUGCGGCACUUCGGCUGCCCUGUUGGCUCCCCCAUGAACCCAGGGCAGCUGUGUGAGGUGACAAGAGUUCCGCUCCUCCCUCAAACACCACAUUGUGCCUCUGCUUCGGGGGUUCCCCUGCCUCCAGCAGAGCCCCCACCAUUCACUGUGACAUCCUUCCAUGUCACCCUGCCUGGAAGAGGACUGGGGGAGAAGGGGGCAUCAGCUCCCACGGAAAGGAGUCUGCCUCUUGCAGUCCUAAGAUCAAUUGACUUGGUGGCCUUGGGGCCUGCUGUGCCUGCUGCACUCGGACCACACAGGGCCUGGGUGGUGUGCCUCCCAUACUUCUCCCUGAGGCCCACUCAGUGUCCGCUUGGGAGUGGACCCAGCCCCUUUCAACUCCACUCUCAGGGGCUACCCCCCAACCCAUGUUCCUUAUGCCGCUUCUCCCAAUACUGCUGCCAACCCUCACUGGCAGACUAGCUGUGCUCAGCUCUUAGUGGAAGCCUGAAGGCCUAGACAAGCCCACUUGCUGCCUCCCAGUUUCCCUGGGCUCAGAGAGGAAGUACGUGUGGUGUGUAUGUAAGGGGAAAGCUGGUUCCUGUGUGUUGGGGAAUGAGUCACAGGGACUGCAUUGGCCUUCCCUGGCCUGAGCAGAGAAGCAGAUAGAGCAGGGAGAGAGAAGAACAGAGCUGAUUUUUACAGGGAAGGGGGUAGUCUUGGCCCUGUAGGAACCUGUGCCAAUAAAUAGACACACAUCAGUCAGCCUGUCUCUUCCUUCA